CGGUCGCAGUUAUGACUCUAUCGCAACCACGGUGCCCGUGCUCCGAACACUGUUACUGACAUAACUCCAACGUUAUUGUUAAAGGGCUGUCUUCCAAACUUAUCGACUGAAAUUUACAACGCUAUCUUACUAAAAAAUAAGGGAUCCGUCAGCCCUCCUUAAAAUGGCCGAAGAGAACGGGGUCUCUGCCGAGUGGCUCCUCCGUGUAACCAGUGUUUUUAAUGAAAUAUUGACGUCCCCUCUGAACAUAAUAUUGGUUGGACUUAUAACCUUGCUCGUUUACAAAAUUCUCAAACACAAAACUAAUGUUCACGGGCCAGCACCCAUCGAACCAGAAUUGCCGAAAAUCAAACGGGACUUUACAGUGGAGGAAUUAAAGCCGUACAAUGGAAACGGUCCUGACAAACGAGUUUUGAUGGCAAUCAAUGGUAGUGUUUACGACGUUACACGAGGACGCAGGUUUUAUGGACCUGGUGGACCUUACGCAGUAUUUGGAGGCAGGGAUGCGAGUCGUGGGCUUGGUACUUUUUCCAUAGUCCCAGGGCCAGACGUUUACGAUGAUCUAAGUGAUUUGAGAGCUGAAGAAAUGGAUUCCGUCAGGGAGUGGGAGGAACAGUUCAAAGAAAAGUACGAAUACGUUGGACGACUUUUGAAGCCUGGUGAAUUACCAACGAAUUAUUCCGACGAAGAAGAGGAAGGUAGCCAGCAAGAAGCUGAAUCCAAAUCCAAGUACGAAUGACCACUCUAUCAAGCGAUACAAACAAAAAGAAACCCAAUUAUAAAUACUGUUCGCGUAUUGGAAAUUGAUCAGAGAGUUAUAAAUAUGAGCCGCAAAAACAGUUGCGGUCGUUUCAUUGCAUGCUGUGCUAUUUACUAAACAAUUAAUAAGAUUAUGUCUAUUCGUGAUACUAUAACACAUAUUGCAGAGAAACUUGAUUUGAGAAUCAGUUCCUUCUGUUUUCGAAUCAAAAUUUUGCCGUGAUAUUACUGUUAUUGGCUAUUGAAAUAAGCUAUGUGGUGGUUCGAAAAUAUCCUGUUCAUUAGUGAAACACUUCCAAAAUGGACUGGAUCGUGGAUUAGAGGGUUGAACUGAUGUUAUAAGGUGAUCGAUCUGAUUGAGUAGUCGUAAUCAGGAAUUGAUGUGGGAUAAUCAUGGAGUUAUUGAUGAUGCAGGCUGUUUGUCAAUUUCAUAAAAGUUUGUGGAUACAUAAAUGUGAAAGAUUGCACUAUUUGUUUCAUGUAAUUUUGGAUUUUUCAAGAGCACAAUAUUCUAAAGAGAAUGACGAGCUAUUUACUAUGAGGCUUUCAGUUUUGCAACUGUUGUUUGUAGCUGAGGAUCACCCUGUGUUCUCACAUCUGAUGGUAUGUAAUAUGUCUUUGGUACAAAUUCAUUCAACAUCUUUAAUGUCAACAUCAAAAUAUUCGAGAAAAAUUAAUGAUUCUCAGGUUACUGAAAUUUAUCUCACACAGAAUAGCCUGAAUAAUCCACUCUAUAUUUACUUUACAAUUCAACAGAGUAUAAAUACCAGGCUUGUGAGUUUAAUUGAAGUGACAUUUACUAUUUUUAUCAAUAAUCCAGAAUGUUUAGGGCAAUGAAGUUUAUACUCGAACAGAUGGAUUAAGAUCAUGUUAUCGAAAAUCUCUAGUUCAAAAUUUGGCAUUGCUGCAAUUUCAGUAAUUGAAAAAUUUUGAUUUGAAAAUAUGGCACCGUGUUUGUAAAAAUUCAAGUUGUACCACAAGAACUAUAAUAUACGUAUAAUUAUUUCAUGGAAAUUUAGGACACAUUUUAAACAAUUGCGUGUUUUAACGUAACUCUAGCAAUAUCAACAAUUAUUAUAUAUAUAUAUUAGCACAUGUCACGUUUGUAAUUCGAACUUGUAAUAUUUUUUACUGGAUAGGAUUGAUGAUUGAGGUGGAAAUGUAAGUAAUUAAAAUCAAUGAGAUAAAGCGAAUUGUUGAAUGUAAAUUAAUAAUAAAAACAAUUCAUUACAAAUUAAUUCGUCGAUUAAUAGGUAACGUUAGGUAGUUUUAACAAAUGAGUGAAAAACACAAAAUGGAAUAUGUAUAAAAAGAGUUACGAAGUUUUAGCAUAAUUGUUUGUUUCUGCAAUCUAGUAAACGAAAACUUCGUCUUAAUGUAAUCUUUCUCACUGUUCAAAAUAUCGACUUAAAUUACAAUUGAACAACACUUAUUUCUUAGUAUUUUCCACAAACUAUUGCAUUUCUCUAACAACGCUGAAUCUGAGGUGAAAUAGAAAAGAUUACAUAUGGCUCGGUGGUCUUGCCUGAUGUCCUUAUUUUAUUCAUCACUGCAGACACUACAGCAAAUGUGGCAUGGCCUCAUACAAUGCAAACAGAUCUAUGUAUGCAUUCAUGAAUGAAUUUUUUUAAUCAUAGUGCAGAAGUCACUCAAAGAUAGUCUGAAGUUGUUAUUUACUAUAGGACAGGUCUGGUAUACUUACCAAGCUUAACGUUGUAAUCUACUGGCCUUUCAAACGAAAAAGAUAGUGAUAGAGGAGAUCAAAAUUUGGGCCUACAUUAAAAAUUACUCAGCAGUAAGACCUCGAAUGCAAACACGUACCCAAAAUCUGUAUUGGAUCCAACACGCGUAAGCUAUUAGAACCAUUUUUAGUCAUGUGUAUGCAAAGGUUACAUGGUAGGAAUUUCAAUAUCGUUGUCUAUUAUAUAAAAGAAAUUCUUAUGCCUGUGUGAAAAGAUCAAAUUGGAUCAGUUUGAUAGUAUUUCACAGAGAUGGUCAAUUUCUAUAGUAUAACAUAAAUGUGGCAACGUGAGUAACUUUUUUUUCAACUGAUCAAAAUGCUGCAAAAUUAAAUUGACAUUUGGCCACUACUUAAUGAGCCAUAGCUUUGCCGUACUGCUUUCAUGUUUAAUCGGGUGCAUUUUUCAUUCGGAUUAGUAUACUUUCCUAGUAACAAAACUCGUUUCUCAAGAACGAAAACUCAGCUUGUACAAAAGACUGAACUUUGAACUAACAAAAUUACCUCCAAGGCUAAUAGUAUUACAUUUCAUUUUUCCACAAGUACGUUUUUGACCAAAGGAUAAAUGUAAAAUUAUAUUUUUAGCCAACUUUUCCGCAUAAUUAUAUCUUGAGUAACUGAAAUACACUGUGGAUUAUUAUUAAUUUCUCCUCUGGGAUUAUGGGGUAGAUAGUUGUUAUUUGACCAUUGAUGCCUACUGCAACAGUUCCUUAUAUUUGACAAAACAUUUUUAUUGAACUGAAUGGGAAACUACCUCACACCAACUCUAGCUUUUUUUCAAUUGUUCGAAGUGACUUGUUGACUAAAAAAUUAAGCACGUUUACAAUAAAGUGUUGUUUGUUUGAAGAUUUGUAAAGUUGAAACUCUAGCAGUCUCUAUCUCACAGUUUUCACAUUGUUCGAAAUGGUUAUGCACGCUGUAGUUGGUAAGAUCAAACAUUGUACCUAGUACAUUGAAAGCUGAAAAAUUAACGCGAUAUAAAAUACCAUGCAGCAAGUGGUCUAAUUUCGAUGAGUUAUCAAAACUGAGUUUCAAUGAGGAGAUUAAAUCGAGAAAGCAAUUCACGUUCUACAGUCUUAUUGCUUCUGAUUUUGCAUUUUACAUUUAAAUAAUAAAAAUUCCCAACAAAUGUUAUGUAUCGUAAUAUUUCAUCGAUAAUGAAAAUUUCGUAUUUAUGUCAAAGACCUGUUUUUCAAUUUAUAAGACUAUUUGUAAAAUGGUAAUGGGUGGUAUGAUGUAUUAUUUCUAUACAAAAACAUAAUGAUUUUUUUUUUGUAUUAAACUAUUUCUUUUAAA